CCAGCACCAGCACCAGCACCAGGAGCCUUGGGAAAUUGGGAGGCACCUCCCCGCGAUAACGAUAAACCUUAACCUUCAGAGCUCCCUCCCAUGGUCUGGGCGCUCUACUUCCCACCUCGAACCUGGACCUAUGCAUCACCACCAUCUUUUCCAGAAUGGCUGGGGAAAAUGCGGCUCAGCAGAAUCUCUACCAGUAUCAAUUGGGUGGUUCGAGUUCGAGUUCGCAGCCAAAUCCCCCAGGUCCCAGUCUUCGUCUUCCAGUUGGGGGUGGUCCUGCUGGUGCUCCUCCGGAACGAGAACGCGCUCCCAAGUCGUCUAGCCAAAUCCCAUUCCUAGAGCGUUUGCGCGCACUACCAGAGGUCAGGAGCAUUCCAUGGCGUCCAGGUCAGGAAUUGCCUCGAGAGAAGGCCAUUGAUAGUCCGCGCGUCCAGCAAAGAGGCGCCAUCCUCUUGUCCACCCGAGGCAAUGUCGUGGAAUCAGCCUGCUCGCAUUGCGCUGGAGGCUUUGGUCGAUUUGCGCAAUGUAUAACGCUGGAUCCGUGGUUUCAGGGAGCUUGCUCGACCUGCAUAUUCACUUCGAAGGGCAACAAGUGCAGCUUGCGAUUUCAGACUUCAGGUACGUCGCUUUCAGUGGGUCGGACUCCCUGCUAAUGAUGGUUACAAAGCAGGCACUGCCGAUGGAAGAGCCCUUCGAUAUCAUUCUUCCAAUCCGGAAAUGCUGCAGACUUUCAUGACUUCUCAACCUGUGGCCGAGUCAGCAAAGCCUGCGAGAAAGCGCAAAAGAGCGGCGGCGCCUGCAAAUGCGCAGACUGCGGUUCCUGCAUCAACCUCGGAGUCGAAUUGGCAACACCAGCAGCAGGUGUCUCCUGAUAUGGAUAGACUGAUCCAAGCCGAGAUCGCCAGGGACGAAUCUUCGAUACCACAUCCUCCAGGACCGCAAGGAGAAAAGAGACAGAAACCAGAGUCAUUUCUACCAUCACCUGAAGAUAUGACUAGGGGAAAUCCAAUUCCCGCUGGAGGCCCUCUUCGAGAAAUACAACCACCAUCAGCACCACCACCACCACAAGCUUGGACCGCAGCAAAUAAUCCUCCUAAUUCAACAGCUUCUCAGCCUAUCAAUUACAUUCGACAGAUGUACCAACCACCUAUGCAAAGCGGUCCCUCAGCUGCACUGCCUCCGUCAGCCCCACCACAGAAUGUCCGACAAUCCCCUUCGGUACCUCUCAACAAUCUACCCAGGCCGAAACAACUUCACGUCCUGGGCCUAUUAACUGGACUCCAAGGAAACAUUGACAAUCUACAAAGUCAAUUGAAUACCCUCAAGACGGCCCUGGGAAUCGAUCUAGAUGAAUCGAGCACCACGCACUAAUUAAUCUCUCAUGUAUAAAUCAUUUCCUUUUGUCCUCGGAUCGAUUUAAAAAGAAGCUUCUUGCAGAGGCUGUAUACCCCCAACCCAUUUUUUAAAGUAAUCAUUUCAUUACAUGUAUAGGAGAAGAGAAGGGCGACAGAGACUGUCAUAGAUUUAUGGCAACAGCCUCCCUCGGUUUGGUGUUUUAUUAUUAAUAUUGUUGCUGUCGUUGGAAUUUUUCUACCCUCAUUACUACGAGGAGAAAACCCAACCCAAGCGUUUUGAAAGAAGUCCUACCUAUCCAACCCUCACGGAAAGAGCGAUGCGAUGAUGGAAGAUAGAAGAUGGAAAGAUAUAGUGUAUAAUCGUGUUGUAUAAUGUUGUAUUUUAAUUCUCAAUUGUUGUUGCCUUUCUACAAAUUCGUUUAUCUAGAGCGUGGUGUUUUUCUUCUGUUUAGAAACCCUCCUUUUUUGAUAUAUUGUAUUGUAUGAGUUGGUACCUAGAUGAGGGAAGGGGAGAGGAGCCGCGCUUGUUUACGUAGACUCUAGAGGCUGAAGUGGAAGUGAGUUGGGAUUUCG